CGGGUUUCAGUUUCAUCCCGGUCCUACAAACAGCGGGUGCAGUUUCCGGAGGGACAGUAUGCUUUGCCGGUGCCCUUCCCCUGGCCCUCCUGUUCUCCUUUGCCUCUGAUCUGGGUCAUGCAGUCCCGGGUAGUGUGUCUCAGUGGUAGUGGUGGCAGUGCCUGCGGGGCUCCUGGGGCGGCCAGGAGGGUCCGACUUCUCCUGCAACAGGUAGCGGCGUGGCACCCACCAGCCGGCAGUAGAGAAGCGGGGCGGCUUCUGCGGUGCCAUGUCCGGACAUUGCACGGCGCCGGGUCGGCCGAAGGCGGUAUUGUUACUAUUGGAGAUGUGUCAUACAAACUCAAAAUUCCAAGAAAUCCAGAACUUGUCCCAGUGAACUACAUUUCAGACUCUCUGGCUCAAUCUGUAAUUCAGCAUCUAAGAUGGAUUAUGCAAAAAGACCUUUUGGGUCAAGAUGUCUUUCUUAUAGGGCCCCCUGGGCCUCUUCGGCGAUCUAUUGCUAUGCAGUACUUGGAAUUGACUAAGAGAGAGGUGGAGUAUAUUGCACUCUCCAGGGACACAACAGAAACUGAUCUCAAACAGCGGAGAGAGAUCAGAGCUGGGACUGCCUAUUAUAUUGAUCAGUGUGCAGUACGAGCAGCUACAGAAGGUAGAAUCCUGGUUCUGGAAGGUUUGGAGAAGGCCGAGCGGAAUGUAUUACCAGUGUUGAACAAUUUGCUGGAGAACCGGGAAAUGCAGCUUGAAGAUGGUCGUUUCCUCAUGUCAGCAGAACGUUAUGAUAAACUGCUGAAGGAGUAUAAUAAAGCAGAGUUGGAUGCAUGGAAGAUUGUUAGAGUCAGUGAAAACUUCAGAGUGAUUGCUCUGGGCCUUCCUGUCCCCCGAUAUUUGGGUAACCCAUUAGACCCACCUCUUCGGUCUAGAUUUCAAGCAAGAGAUGUUUAUUAUUUACCAUUUAAGGACCAUCUUUCACAGUUAUAUUUUAUUGGAUCAAAUGUUUCAACCAAGAGAAUUUCUCAGCUUUUGUCCUUUGCAACAACUUUUUGCACCCAAGAAUCUGCUGCAUUGGGACUUCCUGAUUUUCCUUUGGACAGUUUAGUAUCUGCUGUGCAGAUUCUGAAUUCUUUCCCUAUGAUGUCAAUCCAGCAUAUAAUCGAAUGGCUUUAUCCAUAUAAUGUUCUUUUGGGGAGGGAAGGCAAGACGGCAGUAGAAGAUGCUUUAAAACGAUUUGAACUCCUAGAUUCAGGAAAACCUUCUGUACCUACAAGAGUUAUAAAUGUGAAUAAGGGAGAAGAUAACAAGACCUUGCAGGCUAAUGCAGCAAUUCAGAUAGCUGGGAAAACUGUGACAUUUCAGGUUCCUGCUGGCACUAGGCCACUAGGCCUGCAUUCUGGGACAAAGAGUUUCAUUAAGACUCCCACCCAUGAACAGCAAUUGGCAGAAAUGAUGCUGUCCCAUUUGGUUAAAGAUAUCUGUUUGAUUGGAGAAAAAGGUUGCAGCAAAACAGUUCUUGCUAAGGAGUUUGCAGCUACGUUAGGGUAUAACAUAGAACCUGUCAUGUUAUAUCAGGAUAUGACAGCUCGAGAUCUGCUGCAGCAAAGGUACACACUACCUAAUGGAGACACUUCCUGGAGACUAUCUCCACUUAUAACAGCUGCCCUUGAGGGGAAGCUUGUUAUUCUUGAUGGCAUUCACCGUGUCAACCCAGGCACUCUAGCUGUUCUCCAAAGGUUAAUUCAUGAUAGAGACAUUACUCUUUAUGAUGGCACCAGAUUGCUGAGGGAAGACAGAUAUCAAAAGUUAAAAGAAGAGCUGCAGCUCUCUGACGAGACACUACAGCAAAGGUCCAUUUUUCCCAUUCACCCAUCCUUCAGAAUAAUUGCCUUAGCUGAGCCACCUGUCAUAGGAAGCCCCACUCAGCAGUGGCUGGGCCCAGAGUUCUUAACGAUGUUCCAUUUUCAUUACAUAAAGCCUCUGAAGAAGAGUGAAGAAGUUAACGUUAUUAAAGAGAUGGUUCCAAAUGUACCUAGUGCUGCAGUGGAGCAGCUGUUGAAAUUAACACACAAACUUCGUGAGACAAAUGAUCCCACUGCACAGUCAUUAGCAUCAUCCUUGUCUACACGCCAGCUAUUGAGAAUUUGUCGGCGGCUAUCUCAUCACCCAGAUGAAAGCCUCUACUAUGCUAUCAAUAAAGCUUGUCUUUCCAGGUUUUUACCCAACCUUGCAAGAUCUGCAUUACAUCAAAAUCUGCUGGACUGUGGAAUUGAAACAAAUCCUACCGAUACUCUGAAAAUGGAGGAAAAAGACUAUAGCUGUGAAGUGAACUCGGGAAUCCUGAAGAUUGGGACAGUCACCAUCCCAGUUUAUAACUCCUUUGAGAGAAUGAAAGUACCUGAUGUUCUCUUCUAUGAAAAUACCCAACAUUUGAUGGUGAUGGAAGAUAUGCUAAAAGACUUCUUGCUUGGCGAACACCUUCUCUUAGUUGGCAACCAGGGUGUGGGGAAAAACAAGGUGGUUGACAGAUUUCUUCACCUGUUAAACAGACCAAGAGAAUAUUUGCAACUACAUAGAGAUACGACUGUACAAACUCUUACUCUUCAACCUUCCGUUAAAGAUGGUCUUAUUGUAUAUGAGGAUUCUCCACUAGUCAAAGCCAUCAAAAAGGGGCACAUUCUGGUUAUCGAUGAGGCAGACAAGGCACCAACAAAUGUUACUUGCAUUUUAAAAACUUUAGUGGAAAGUGGAGAAAUGCUUCUAUCCGAUGGAAGGCGUCUUGUUGCUGAUCCUGCUAGUGUGAGUGGAAGAGAAAAUGUGGUGGUUAUUCAUCCAGAUUUUAGGAUGAUAGUUCUAGCAAACAGGCCUGGAUUUCCUUUCUUGGGCAACGACUUUUUUGGAACACUAGGAGAUAUUUUUAGCUGCCAUGCAGUUGAUAAUCCUAAGACAAACUCUGAGCUUGCAAUGCUUCGACAGUAUGGGCCUGAGGUUCCCGAGCCAGUCCUACAGAAACUGGUGGCUGCUUUUGGAGAGCUUAGAAGUUUGGCCGACCAAGGAAUUAUCAGUUACCCUUAUUCAACUAGAGAAGUAGUGAAUAUUGUAAAGCAUUUACAGAAGUUUCCAACAGAAGGACUUGCAAAUGCUGUUAGAAAUGUCUUUGAUUUUGACUCUUACAACAAUGAAAUGCGUGAGAUUUUAAUUCGGACUUUGCAUAAACAUGGAAUACCAAUUGGAGCAAAACCCACCAAUAUACAGCUGGCUAAGGAGUUGCCAUUACCAGAUCCAAAAUUAAUGGGCUAUUGGAAAGUCAAGCAGUUGGGUAAUGCACACCAGAAACUUUUGUGCUCAACUGAAACACAUCGCAUAGAUAUAAAGGGUCCAAUGUACCUAAACGUGCAGGCAUUUCCACUGGAAAGGCAUGAAGCCAGAUCCUUGAGUUUUACAGAAGAACUUGCAUUUUGGUCACUGCCUUUGAAUGAAGUCAAUUUAGUCUGUGAUAUUGCUAUGGCACAAGAAGAGCCUCUUUAUGUGGCUACAUGCAAUCCUGUGUCCUUAUAUUUUAUGGAUACAUCUAGUAAAAAUGGAUUCUACAUAGACUUGUAUGACAUCUUCCCAAGGACAGUUGGUGGAGUAUGGCAACCUUUUGUGACACUGGCACCUCUGGGUAAUCCUCUCAAAGGUCAAGUAAUUCUACAUGAAGAGCAGAGUAAUGUUGUUUUAUUACUGGACACAAACACUGGCUCCAUACGUCAACUUUUACUGAUGCCAGAUGCGACAGAGGGUCCUAAAAGGAUAUCCUGGUGGGGCACCAAGGAGGAGGGGAAGAGUCACAAAAUGUGCAAAGAAUUUUCACACAAAAACUGGCUGGUGUUCUAUAAAGAGGAAGGGAGUCGUCUUACUGUUCUAGAUGUCCUGGAAGGCCAUGCUCACACCAUCACCCUCCCUAUCAAGCUCAACUCUGUCUUUUUAGUGGCUGAAGACCACUGGCUUCUGGUGGAGAGCAAAACAAACCAGAAAUAUCUUUUAACUAAGCCUCUGCAUAUGGAAUCUGAAGGAAAUGGAGUUUGCCAGUUACAUGCAUUGAAUGAAGAGCCAGUGGAGUCAGAAUCUGGGCUAACAACAGCUUUAGAACUGCUUGUGCCACAGGCAGUUUCAUGUGACCAGUUAUCUUCAGAAAACCUAAGUGCAGCAAUUGGGCAGAAAAUCAGCUCACCCAACAGAAUACUCUCUGAUGAACAUAAUUAUGCUACUCUCAUUGUUGGAUUUCCACACCUCAUGAGCUCAAAGAUGGUUCUUCCCCUCCCCAUUUUAUCCACUCAACACCCCUGUGAGUCUUCCAAUGAGGUUUACUGCUGGAAAAGAGACUCCAUUCUGGGUCAAAGGCAACCUUCGCCUUCUAAUCCACUGUAUUAUGGAAAGCGUGUCAAAAGUGGAGUGGCAAAACAAUCAAAUUGUGUGACUCUUGUAGUGGCUAAUCAAGUGGUCAGAGUUUUGGCUCCUGGAGAUGUGCCUUUGAAAGAACUUUAUCCCAAAGAUGUUACUCCUCCCCAAGCUGCUGGAUAUUUGGAAAUUACAGAUCUUACCACAAAGAAACUUAAAUAUAUCCCUAUUCCCAGAUCAAUGAACCUGACUCCCUAUAAAUCAUGGCUGCCAAUGAUUUCAGACACUGAUGUCUUGUUAGCAUCACUAGGCAAAACUGGUGUGGUUACUGUAGACAUGGGGGGUACUGUCAGGCUCUGGGAAACCAGCUUAGAAAGUCUUCAGAGAUCAUUGCAGGAAUGGAGAACCAUGAUUGGAGAAGAGGAUGGCAGACCCGUGCAGAUAACUAUCCAGAGAGAAAGUGCUUUGGAUGUUAGCUCUCCUAAGCAUGGGAAGAUAGAUCCAGAUAAUACCCCUCAUGUUGGCGGAAACACAUGGGCUGGAGGAACAGGUGGAAGAGACACUGCUGGUUUGGGUGGCAAAGGGGGUCCGUACCGACUGGAUGCUGGUCACGAAGUGUACCAAGUGUCUCAAGCUGAGAAAGAUGCUGUGCCUGCAGAGGUGAAGAAAGCUGCCAGGGAGAUGGGUGAAAAGGCUUUUAAACAGAGACUAAAAGAGAUUAAGAUGAGUGAAUACGAUGCAUCUACAUAUGAGAAGUUCUCUGGAGCUGUCCGACAGCAAGUUCAUUUACUCCGAAUCAUCCUGGAUAAUUUACAAGCCAAAGGGAAAGAAAGACAGUGGCUAAGGCACCAGGCAGUUGGAGAAUUAGAUGAUGCAAAGAUAAUUGACAGUCUGACAGGUGAAAAAGCCAUCUAUAAGCGACGGGGAGAACAUGACCCACAACUUGGGAGCCCUCAGCAGAAGCCUAAACGCCUCCGCCUGGUUGUUGAUGUGUCUGGCAGCAUGUACCGCUUCAAUGGAGUUGACAGACGGCUGGAACGUUCCAUGGAAGCUGUUUGCAUGGUUAUGGAAGCUUUUGAGAAUUAUGAGCAGAAAUUUAAGUACGACAUCACUGGACAUUCAGGAGAUGGUUUCAACAUUGCCUUGGUCGAUAAUGACCAAGUGCCAAAGAAUAAUAAGCAAAGAUUAGACAUUUUGAAGAUAAUGCAUGCCCAUGCACAGUUCUGUAUGAGUGGAGAUCAUACCCUGGAGGGUACAGAGCAUGCCAUUCGUGACAUUGCAAAAGAAGAGGCAGAUGAAUAUUUUGUCAUAGUCUUAAGUGAUGCCAACCUUGAGCGAUAUGGCAUCCCUCCAGCAAGGUUUGCCCAAACCUUGACCAUCAAUUCCAAAGUGAAUGCAUUUGCCAUAUUCAUAGGAUCCUUAGGAAAUCAGGCAGACAGGUUGCAAAGGAUGCUACCAGCAGGCCGCUCAUUUAUUGCCAUGGACACCAAGGAUAUUCCACACAUUUUACAGCAGAUCUUCACCUCCACCAUGCUUUCAAGUGCCUAAAAAGUGUCUGUUUUUAAUAAAUAACUGGUCUGUUGUGUACGGAAAGCAACGUAGAGUAAUCAAGAGGAUGAUCUAAUGCUAAGAGUUGGAACAAUAACAACAUUGGGUGGAAUCUAAUGUUGUGCAAGCAGAGUUCUGCUUUUGUGACAGGACUUCACCUUUCUCCCCUUCUUCCCGCAGCCCCCUGCACACCCCCAAAACCUGCUCUGAAGUCUGGAGCAGAUUUUGAGGGUGAAUGGAUGAUUACAGAGGGAGGAGAGAAAUGUUGCACAUAGAGAGUGUUGGGUACACCCUUUAUAUUGAGAGUAAAUAUUAUAUUUUAAAUUGGAGGACAUGUUGUACUUAAAUGAGCAUAUUCCUGUAUUACUGCUAGUUUUGAAUAAAGAGCUUGUUUUUUUUUAAAAAAAAAACUCCCACAGUCAAAGACCUCUGAUAAAUUAAAUAUUUCCGUCCACUGUUUCCUAGACACUAUGAUUUGCAUUUAAUAUCUGUCUACUGAAGAGAGCAGAA